CUCGCGCUGGUUUCGCUAUGAAACCAAAGGUGAAACGGCUAUUUCCCUCUUCACGCGCACCCUUCUCAUCUUGUUCAGCCUUGACCAGUUUGCAUGCCUGUCUCACUGAUGAAUACUAGUUAGUUUUAAAAGAGCGAAAUGGAAGGCAAGUUUCAUUUUUACCGAAGGAAGACAAUGUUACCUUACCAAACAGUCUAGAGCGCGAGGUUACAACGAUUCGAAAUGAAGAACGAGCGUUAAAAUCUGCAUGGGAGUUUGUAAGGUGCUCGGGGUAAUCAUUACAUUCUUCUACCUGAACAGCGUGACGUCAAUUAUCAUCUAGGGCUCUGAUGAUGACAGGGUUGAUUGUGUCCUCUUCAGGGUUGAGCCAUUUCUGUUUUUCGCCGCUGACCUAUCUCUGGAUCCUGUUUCUCUGCGGGGGGGUGGCAUGUGCACCCACAGGUAAUUUCAAGCUAGUCGGCCCUGGCGGCCCCCUGGUGGCCGUAGCAGGACAAGACCUGGUCCUGCCCUGCUCCCUCUCGGCCCGCGAUGCCGUCGACGACGCGGAGCAGCUGUCCGUGGUGUGGUACCGACUCAAAGGCUCCACCCAGACGCACAUCCACUCGCACGGCGACGGCAAGGAUCAGAACGAGGACCAGGAUCCGGCGUACCGUGGACGCACGGCCCUGCUCCGGGACGAGGUCGCCGCGGGGAACGUGUCGCUGAGGCUCAGCGCCGUCAGGCUGACGGACGCCGGACGGUACCAGUGCACCGCUGACGCCGGAGACGGGAACCAUGACAACGUUGACGUGGAGGUCCAAGUCGAGGCUAUAGGUACGACGCCAGCGAUUUUCACAGACAGACGCGGAAAAACACAGUUGAGCCUACGCUGUGUCUCCAGUGGGUGGAGUCCAGCGCCUGCUGUUGAUUGGCUGGACGCUAAGGGGCGGAGCCUGCCCGCAGAGCCCACAGAGACGUGGCUGGAGCCGGAGGGCUUUAGGGUGGAACGACGCCUCCUGGUGGAUAAGAAGUGGAAUGACAGCAGCAGCUACCACUGUAAAGUCAGCCAUAUGGGACUGGUCAAAGAGACGCAGAAGAAUGUCACAGAUGAUGAGCCAGCGUUCAAUCAGAAGUACAUCAUUCCGAUCGUGUGCAGUGCAGUGACUGCACUCGUAGUUGUGAUCACCACAUCCAGAAGAUCUGGAGGACUCAGGGAGAGGGGAGCACGGUGUGUUAUGAGACACUUCAGAGGGAGAGCUCACAGAAAUGAGUUCCCUAUGACCGCUCCAGUGGCCUCCAGACCGUCAUAACCCGACAGUCCCUCCACACACACACACACACA